UUCAAACUGGAGUAUGGCGGCGGAGAAAGAGGCUGAGGACAGCAGGCAGAGCCGGAGGGGAACAGUAUGUAAUAUAGUCAUAAGCCAAGAGAUGCAUCAGAACCAGCCAGUCAUCUUCAACCCUGACUUUUUUGUGGAGAAACUCCGACAUGAGAAGCCUCAGGUGUUCGUGGAGCUGCUGUUGAGUAACAUCACCAGGCUCAUUGAUCUACCUGGAGCGGAGUUCGCCCAGCUGCAGGGGGAGGCCGACCCCAAGCUCCCCGUAUCCACAGGCUUCCUCCGCCUUCCGAGCUUCCUCAAGCGUAAAGAUAAAGGAGUGGUCUUUGGAGCGCCCAUAACUGAGGAGGGCAUUGCACAAAUUUACCAGCUAAUAGAGUAUCUUGGGAAAAACCUGCAUGUGGAGGGUCUGUUCCGUGUGCCUGGGAACAGCAUCAGACAGCAGGCCCUGAGGGAGAUGCUCAACAGUGGGGCAGACAUAGACCUGGAGACGGGGGACUACCACCCCCACGACGUGGCCACGCUGCUCAAAACCUUCUUGGGGGAGCUUCCGGAGCCGCUGCUGACUCACCGCCAUUAUCACGCUCAUCUCAAAAUAGCCGAGAUGAUGAUGUUUGACGAAAGAGGUAAUAAGACAUCUGUCCCUAACAAAGAGCGUCAGAUUGAAGCGCUCCAGCUGCUCUUCAUGCUGCUUCCUCCAGCCAACCGCAGUCUCCUCAAACUGCUGCUGGACCUGCUGUACCAGACCGCCAAGCAGCAGGACAAAAAUAAAAUGUCUGCCUAUAACUUGGCGCUCAUGUUCGCACCCCACAUCGUAUGGCCAAAGAAUGUCACGGCGAAUGAUCUGCAGGAUAACCUGAAAAAGCUCAACAGCGGCAUCGCGUUUCUGAUCAAGCACUCGCAGAAGUUGUUUCGGGCACCGUCGUAUAUCAAAGAACACGCCCGGACACACUUUGCAGGGUCGAAAACUCCUCAAUCAAAGGAUGACCUGGAGCUGUAUGCUGGGGUGGUCAACCGAAGCCUGCUGCCCACCAAAAGAAGCAGCGAGGAGCAUGAUGCUGGUCAGCAGCACACCCAGGACGCUCUCCGAGACCUCUUCAAUCACGUCACCAAUAUGCCAGAUUCUACGAAAAAGAAGAAGCUCAUUCGGCAGUUCAACAAGCAGGGAACGCCGGUGCGGGAAUGCCCCAGACCUUCAAGUCAGAAGCAUGGCCGCUCGCGGUCCUUUGGAGGUCUUAUCAAGCGAAAGGUUUUGGGGAACCAGCUUCUAACUGAGAGGACAGAAACGGGAAGCGCCCAAACCAAAGAGAUGACCAAGGGAAACGGUGCCUCAUCUAUCAAAAGGACUCCUCUUUCACCUGCCCAGCAGUCUAGCUUAAGCCUACCUUAACUUAUUUAUUUGGGAAAGGAAGCGUUCUGGAUCAGGUGAUAUUUAUUCGGACACAGCCAACAACAGUAAGGCCUAUGCAAGCCAGAUGAUUUCUCCAAGCCACUGUGGUAGGAGUUCUUCCCAGGUGUUUCAGGUUUUAAUAAUCUGACACUUUCUAAAAUAGUAAUUCAUUUGUAAAUUAAAUUGGGGGGAAAUGCAGCCAUGCGUCUGAUUUUCAAGUAGCAAACGAGCAUUAAGCAUGUCGUAUGUACUCAGUGGUCUAAGCUGGAUGGGAAGCCGAUGUUGUUGUUAGUUACUUUUAAUAUGGUGUGCUUUAGCUUCUGUAGUGUAUGGGCAGAGAGCUUGUGUAUGUGGUCAGGAAGCCUGGUGUUUGGUUUUUAAGGCAUGAGCAGUAUAGCGUUGACCACACAUGGGCCCAUUACAGGCCGUGAUGUGUGGUAUAGAUCUAUACCUGUUAGAGAGCUGCUCUUUAGUCUUGAGGGUAUUUGGAAAGUGAUGACUGGAAACCGUUCUUUGGGAUUGAGGGAGCUUGACGGAGAUCGUGUGUUAAGAAAAUGAGUUACGUUUUUGGUGCUAUUUAACUCGACUUCGCAUUUAAAACCUUUAUUUUGCUAUGAUAUAUUUCACUUUUUUAUCUUAUUAUUUAUUUAGUGUUUUUUUUUAUUUUUAAAUUUUUUAAUUUUGUAUUUUUUGGGGCUGUUGCAGGUUUUCCCAUAACUCGAACACACUGUAGGAAACCGGAACCCCACACAGUUGCUUGCUUGUGUGGAGGUUUUAAGUUUAGUGGAACCGAGGUCUCGUGAUUUUGUGCGAAUUUGCCUUUGUAAAAAUAUGAAUUGCUUGGUAUAUUUUUAAAUAAGAAAAUGGACCAGGUCUGAUGGGUGGCUUGUAUCUUCCUUUGGGAUCGUUACGUUUAUAACGUUUUUUUAUGUUUUAUACUUUUAUUUGGGACGCGUUUUUACUAACUUGCUGCCGAAUUUCUUUUAUUUUUUUUUUUAUAUUAAUGUGAAAAAGCUUGAGUCUGUAAGUAAUGUCUUUUAUUUAACCGAGUUUCAUCUGUGAGUUUUCUGUUUAAAUCGGACUGUUUCAUCUGUGAAUGCUGUGGAGAAUCUUCACUGACUGUCUUAAUUUUGUCUACUGUGACUUUGGGCACCACUGUUUAUCUUUCAGGUUUCUUUAAGUUAUUUCUUUUAAUAUUUUUACAUAUAAAAAUGAGUUUUAUUUCACUUUCCAUCGCCGUGGAUCUACGCUGACUUGUACUCAUCUAGACUUUUUGUUUUUUAAGCUGAUGUUUAUUUUUCCUGCAGCUUUUCCAGUGAAUUAAACCACUCAGCAUGAUUUUUAGAGCUGAAUUACACGCAGAUGGAUGCCUGUUCCUCUGCUCGGUUUAUGUCUUGAUUUAUGCUGAAGUCAUAGCUGUCUGAGCCGCUGAAGUGAGUGGGACCUGCGUUGUGCAGAGCCUUCAGCUUGUGACAUUAAAUCAAGAUUAUUAAAAAUGCA